CGUACAUAAUCGUCCAUCGGAGAAAACAAUUAGAAAUUUGGUUAUAACAUUUGAUGAAACUGGAUCUAUUCAUGAUAAACCAAAGUCUGGCAGACCAAAAACAGUUCUGUCGAAUGAAAACAUUCCUGCUGUUCGUAAAAGUGUUGCUAAUGAUCCGUCAACUUCAAUUCCACGUCGUUCUCAAGAAUUGAGCAUUUUUUAUGGCAGUUUGUGGCAAAUUUUGCAUGAAGAUUUGCAUUUGCAUGCUUUCAAAAUUGAAUUAACUCAAGAAUUGAAGGAACGUGACCAUUUGCAACGCAGAAAUUUCACUAAUUGGUUGUCAGAACAUCGUUCAAUUGAUGCAUUGUUUUCACGCAACAUCAUCUUCAGCGAUGAAGCUCACUUCACAUUGGAUGGACACGUCAAUAAGCAAAAUUGUCGCAUAUGGGGAGAUGAAAAUUCAAGAGCCAUUAAAAAAAAAUCACUUCAUUCAAAAAAAGUUACUGUUUGGUGUGGAUUUUGGUCGAAAGGCGUAAUCGGUCCAUUUUUUUUCGAAAACGAGAAUGAAGGUGCAGUUAUAGUGAAUGGUGCACGUCAUAAUGAAAUGAUUAUUGAUUAUUUAUGGCUGAAAUUAAAUGGAAUCGAC